AUGGUGCGGACCUGCCCCCGUGGCAGGUCCGUGUCAACGUUAGUUUUUUCCGCGUCAGUUUUUAUCCCUACAGCCCUAAUUUCUAGCCCACGCACCCGCCGACCCCUUCCUCCUUCCCCCUCCUUCGUCGCGACGCAGCCGCCGACCCCUUCCUCCUUCCUCCCUUCCCCCUCCUACGUCGCGACAGCCGCCGACCCCUUCCUCCUUCAUCGCGACAGCCGCCGACCCCUUCCUCCUUCAUCGCGACAGCCGCCGAUCCCUUCCUCCUCCUUCGUUGCGACAGCACCCGCCGACCCCUUACUCCCCUUCCUCCUCCCUCCUCCUUCAUCGCGACAGCACCCGCCGCGGGGAAACUCCACAGACGCGGAAACCUCGUCGCGCCCAAAGCUAGGGUUUCGUCCCCUUCCUCCUUCGUCGCUGUCGCACCUGCGCCCUCCGCUUCCAUCUUCUCGCUUUCGCCACGAGCAGAACUCCGCUCGCAACCGGUGCCAUCAGUACGGGUUGCAAGAGUAUCCUCGGAUCUAUGGGCACGAAGCGGCAGGGGUGGUGGAGAGCGUGGGCGAAGGUGUGGAGGACCUGCGCGCCGGCGACCACGUCGUGCCCCUUUUCAAGGGCGAGUGCGGCGACUGCGCCUACUGCAGCAACCCCGAUACUAACUUCUGCGUGCACUACCCGGUGGACGCCUCCAAGACCGUCAUGUUGAGCGACGGCCGCACAAGGUUCUCCGCCGUGGACGCCGCCACCGGCCUCCGCCGCCCCGUGCACCACUUCUUCAACGCGUCCACCUUCGCCGAGUUCACCGGGCUCGACGUCCACUGCGCCGCCAAGAUCUCGCCGGCCGCGCCGCUCGGGCACAUGUGCCUGCUCGGAUGCGGCAUUUCCACCGGUGUUGGAGCGGCAUGGAACACUGCAAACGUUACCCGAGGAUCCACCGUCGCUGUGUUUGGACUCGGUGCUGUGGGCCUGGUGGUUGCUGAAGGGGCCAGGUAUAGAAAAGCUUCCAAAAUUAUAGGCAUUGACAUCAACCCAGACAAGUUUGCUUUAGGAAAGCCAAUGGGCAUCACAGAUUUUGUCAACCCCAAAGAUCACGAGAAGCCGACGCAUGAGGUAAUCAUGCAAGCAGGUGAUAAGGCAGUUGACUUCAGCUUUGAGUGCUCUGGAAACCUUGACGUCCUGCGUGAGGCUUUCCUAUCAACCCAUGACGGAUGGGGUUUGAGUGUGAUGUUAGGUAUCCAUCCAGGGUCGAUUUUCAGGAAUUUACGAUAUGAGAUUUAUCCGUCAUGCGCCUAUGGCCUGUGUACUUACAUGAACCUCCCUUCAUAUUCAUAA